UACCUGUUUAGAAAAAAGGAAUAUAUUUGGAGAGCAUUAGGAAUAUUUAUAGUCUUAUUGGACAUCAGCUAUUUAUUGCGAAAUGAUGCCUGUUUUAAUUUGUCAGAUUAUGAUGCACCAAUGUUCAUUUAUGAUAUUUACAAACUCAUUUUAUCCAUACUAUUCUUACAUUUUUAUCUAAAAUAUUUUUUGUAUGGACGUGAGUUGGAAAGUUAUAAAAGGCUAAAAAAUAUCACAAUAGUUGGAUCAUACAUUGGAGUUUUCACAACAGUCUUAGUAUUGGGCUUCUAUGGCUUAAUUAUAGUUCCAAACACUACUUUUGUAAAAAUAAUUUUUUUUAUUUUGGUAAUUGUAAGCUAUUAUGCUUAUUACACAGCAUGCACUGCAGAUUGGUUUGAUAAAUACAUUUACUCAGGGUGUCAUACCUACACCUCCACAGUUAAUCAUAUUGUACUAAAAGAUCGUCAAUAUUUGAUAGUAUCCAAUUUGGCAACACGCUGGUAUAUUAAAAAAUCGAAGAAAAUUACCCUGAAGGAAAAACAAAGUGUUGAAGCAGCAUCACAGGAUCCAAGAUUAAAUAUACAUGUUAGAAUAAAUGAAUCUUUAAAUGAUUUCAAUAGUCAAUUCUCAUAUUUGAAUACAUCUCAGUUCCAAGAUGGCGAAGAAGAAUAUCUUAUGUCAACUCGGAUUGUGCGCCCAGAUUCUUAUUAUGAUCAAUUAGAUGCUUCUGCCUGGGGGAAGUCUGAGUUGAGUGAAUACCCCAAUAAAUUACGUCAAUACAAGCUUAUUCCGAUGUAAACAGAUUAUAGUGGAAUGCUCAAUACUUUUUGCCUGUUUACUGUUUGCCAUUACCAAGUGUCUAAGCCUAGCAGAGUCUUGCCUCUUGCUAAUAAUUCAGUUGUGUCAUGUGGGUUUGUUUGCAAUAUGUUUUAACUAUAAAUUAAUAUUGUUAUAAAUAUUAUAUACUAUAAAUAAGUUAACAUGAAUAAUUUAAACACACUAGAUAUAUGAAUGUUAAUGUAUAUGCUGCAACCAAGCUACGGAGUUUUUACAACAUAUUUACCUACUGUAUUCUUUUGGCUGUGAAUUGUAGAACAUUUUUUUUUUUUUUUAUUUGAAAUGGAACCAAUUAAUGGUAGUUAGUCAGAUACUUUUUAUAUCUAUGAUAUCCUUUUUUAAGCAAUUGACCAUGAUUAUUCUGUAAGUUGAUUUUAAUAUGACUGAAUACAAGUUAUGA